CGUGUUCUUCAGUCGCCGCCAGCCAGCCUCUGAGAGUGCAUCGAGCCCAGCGACAGCUACCAGAGUGAUCUCAGUGUGAAUCGUGCGACGUGUUCGUGGCCAUGGAGUACCAAAGCCAGAUCGCCGCGGCGGCCGCGGCCCUCCCGCCCCGCCAGCCAGUGCUCAAGUUCAGCAUCCGUGCCCUCCUCGGCGAGGACUUCGACAGUGACGUGCCGCGCGCGCCGCCCACGCCCACGCCGAGCCCGUCGCCGUCCAGCGAGGGCGAGUCCGAGGACGCCCGCAGCACGGACACCGACCACACCGACAGCGACAGCAGUAAGGCCGGCAAGCGCCCCGAGAAGCCCACCUACUCGUACAACGCCAUGAUCAUGCUCGCCAUCCGCAACUCCCCCGAGAAGCGGCUCACGCUCAACGGCAUCUACGAGUACAUCAUGACCAACUUCCCGUACUACCGAGACAACAAGCAGGGCUGGCAGAACUCGAUCCGCCACAACCUGUCGCUCAACAAGUGCUUCGUGAAGGUGCCCCGCCACUACGACGACCCCGGCAAGGGCAACUACUGGAUGCUGGACCCCAGCGCGGACGACGUCUUCAUCGGCGGCUCCACCGGCAAGCUGCGCCGCCGCACCCCCGUGAACCGCAGCCGCAUCGCCCUGAAGCGCGCCGCCGCCCUGGCCGCCGCCAACGGCACCCUCUGGUUCCACCCCGCCGGCCCCGUCGGCCCCCACAUGGCCCCCGUGAUGCCGAUGCCCCAGAGCCACGCCGCCAACCCCCUGCGGGUGCUGACGCCGCCCUCCUCGCCGCCGCAGCACGCGUACCACCACCAGUACCCCUCCGCCGUGGCCGCGGCCGUGGCGCAACAGGCGCCCUACUUCGCCGACCGGCCGCAGCUCCACCGAGUGCCUCACCAUGUACCCGCCCAGGUGCCCCACCCGCUCUGGCACCUGCCCCACCACCACAUGCAGAGGGUGUGAGACUCGGUGCCUCGUAUGAAACCUUGUGAUAAAAGACUGAGUGCAGUGUGCGUCGGUGAAGCGUAACUUGUGAUUCUUUUUCUAGACCUCGGCAAAGGGUUGAAGCAUAUUUCAGGCGAUUUGCGGCAAGGCUGUGAUUGUUUUAUUACUGAUUUUAUUUCGUCUCUUGAUCUCUGUGUAGGAGGGGUUCUGUAGCUCUUGUCAGCCUAAUAAUUGGAAUUGAAUGGAUAUGUAUUGGGACCUUUGAUUAUCUGGGUUGCCUUAUUGAUCUCUUUUACAUUGUUUACAUUUUGAUGACAGAACCUGAAAGUCGAGUAAUAUUUCUUUUAUGUAUUACCAGUUCAAUUAGCGUUAUUGUAUUGUUAGCUAGAAAAAUAAUUUUUUAAAUGUUUGUUGAAUGUGAUUGAUUUUAUAGAUAAUUAUAUUUUUUUAAUUCACUCUA